ACAUGCAUGCAUAGCGCCGGUACGGUACAAUGGAAAGUUAUCUGUUCUUUUCCAAUGAAUAUCAAAACAUGCAAAUGGCGUGAGUGACUCAAUAAUCCAACCCAAUCCACGCCCAACCGUCGAACUCAUCUUCCCAAACACGUCUUCCCGGCGAGAGAAAGCACACCACAUGCCUUAUCCUCUCUUCUUCUCCUUGUCCCUUUCUUGUGCGAUGUGCCUUUCUCGUCGCUGGAUUUCUUGGGGCCAUGGUUUGGGGGAUGUUCAAUCCUGUCUUGUCCUGUCCUAUUCCAUCCCGUCCCGUUCUGUGCCGACCCGCUUCGUGCUGCUGUCCUGUCAGUGCCGUCGUUCCGUUCCGGUAUAGACAGGUUUGUUUCAGUCCGCUUGGUUUUGCUCUGUUCGGUUGGGUCGGCUCUUGUUCCAUUCUGCUUCGCUCGGCUCUGGUCCUGUCCCCUGACUCUGUGGCGGUCUGCUGCGUUCUAUCUUGGUCUGUUUGGUUCUGUUCAUGUUCCGUGCCCUUAGUCUGUUUGGCUCUGUUCAAGCUCCGUACCCUUAGUCUGUUGCGGUCUGCUGCGUUCUAUCUUGGUCUGUUGGUUCUGUUCAUGUUCCGUGCCCUUGCUCUGUUUGGUUCUCUUCAUGUUCCGUGCCCUUGCUCUGUUUGGUUCUGUUCUAAUUCCGUUCCCUUACUCUGUUGCGGUCUACUGUGUCCUGUCCUGGUCUGUUUGGUUCUGUUCUGUUCUGUUUCGGUCCGCUCUACUCCUUUCCGUCACCUCUUGUCCUGUCCAGCCCCGUUCCUUGUUAUAUCUCAACACACCAGUCAAACAUGCAGUCAUCGUACCCCUUUGGACCGGGCGCAAAUGUCCCAAUUCGCACCAACCAACCGGCCAUCAUGCAGUUCCCACGACGGACUGGCCCGCCGCCCCCACGCUCACCGGCCCUUCAAUCCUACGGGCGGUACCCUUCUACUAGUACUUCGCCAUGGGUUUUAAAUAAGCGAAUACCGCCUGAAUGGUAGCUGUUCUUGGUCGUUU